UUCGGGCCGUCCUAUCUUCGUGUCAGGCUUAAAUUCGCCAAUCGGCGCACAACGAUCGGUAGGUCGUUUCGACUGUGGUUCUCGGGGUCGAGAAUAGUUCUUACUCGCCGUCAACGUCGCGCGACCUGAUCUACGUCUUGUAGACUCGCCUCCGUGAUCGAUAAAAAUUCGAAUCGCCGGUGAGCGAACGGGAAGUCUCAUACUUCUUCGAGCAGAAAAAGUUAUCUUCCCAGAUCAUGUCGGCGGACAUCGAUGUAAGGUUAUUCAGCAGUCGCAGUCGCUCGAAAAGCCUCGCAGAUGAAAGUGAAUUCAUGGGGACCCGGGCGAAGAUCGUAGUCUCUCCAGGAACGACAAUCACAACGGACGGGGGAUUCAUGAGGGGACACGGAACCUAUUUGGAGGAUGAGAACGGUCUCCUGUCAGCUGUCGCUGGUGUGGUGGAGAAAGUAAACAAACUCAUCACGGUUCGUCCACUGAAGACACGAUAUAAUCCAGAGGUCGGUGACGUCGUGGUGGGUCGCAUAGUCCAAGUUUGUCAGAAGCUGUGGAAAGUUGAUGUCGGCGGGAGACUUUACGCUGCGCUACAUCUUCACUCAGUCAACCUUCCUGGCGGAGAAUUGCGGAGAAAAUCUAUCGAAGACGAGCUAUUGAUGAGUCAAUACCUCAUCGACGGAGAUCUUGUAUCAGCCGAGGUUCAGAAUGUCGGCGUUGAUGGUGCUGUGUCGCUCCACACUAGGAACCUCAAGUAUGGCAAACUCGGCCAAGGCAGCCUGGUUCAGGUUUCCCCAUCUCUAGUGAAACGAUGCAAAACCCACUUCCACAAUCUUCCAAACGGAGUCCAUCUUGUAAUAGGUCUGAACGGAUUCCUUUGGAUAACGCAUGAAGGCGAAGCCGAAUCUUCUCACUUCGCGCAAAACUUGGAGCGGGUGGAUUAUCACACGAGAGAGAGCAUCUGUCGAACGCGGAACGUCAUCAUCAGUCUAUCUAGGUACAACAUCAUGCUUUACGAUACCACCAUAUUGUACGCAUACGAGAUAUCGACGGAUUACUCUAUCGCCCAACUCUUGAAACCCGAAAUCCAGAUGGAAGUAGCGCAUCUCACUCGACAAAAGCUCCAGCUGGAAGGAUAGUCACCCUCUAUGCUGCAGGAUUCCACGGGGGAGUCGGAGGAUAUUUCCUUCAGAGAAAGCGUACCUGACAACGACUUCGCCCGUGUAGAGUGAUGCCGUCCUGUUUCUCCUCUGUGAUGCAGAUAUCGAUACGCAAUUCAGUCGCAAACCCUUCAUACGAACGCAUACAGUUCACGUCACAGACAGGACCAAGUUUCAGGGGGGCUUGACAUCGACCAG